AUGCCCGGCGCGCCCCCGCGGGGCGCGAACCCGAACCCGAGGCGGCGGCGGCGCCGCGGCGGGAAUCGCACGAAGACGGAGCAGCAGCCGCAGCAGUCGGCGACGCGGCGCUGCGUCUGCGGCUACUGCGGCGAGAUGUUCGUCAGUCGCUCGAAGCUCUUCCGCCACCUGCGCGAGCUCAACGACUGCCGGAAGAUCGCUUUGAGCCACGGCAUGCCCCUGGAGAAUCCCAUCAAGGCCGUCGAGCGGCGGCUCCGGCGGCGCUACGGCGAUUUGCUCUUGGCCGGGUGCAUCGUGCUGCGCGUCAAGCCGGAUAUGGCGUCGGAGCCGCGCUUGAUCGCCUUCCGCAAGAGCCCCCGGGGUCUGCUGCUGGGCAAGGGCGACGUGAGCCCCUACGAGUGCGUCAUCGUCCGCGGCAACGAGGGCAAGCAGAAGCCGGGCUUCCCGAAAGGCAAAAUCGAGCCCGUCGACGGGUCCAUCUUGGGGGCCGCGCUGCGGGAGACCUGGGAGGAGGCGGGGUUGAAGGCCGACCAGCUCCGGGUGCUGCCCGCGUCCGCGGAGGCCGCGGCGAACGCGUCGGUGUGUCUGGACGCGGACGACUCGCGCAUGUUCGCGGACGACGAGGAGGUCAUGUUGGACGAGACGUCGGACGUCAUCGUCAGCGACGAGUCGCCGGCGCCGGCCGAGGACUUCCCGGACCUCGACGACGACGUCGACGCCGCGGAUCUGGAUCGGGACGCCGCGGACGACCGGCGCUACGCGUCCGUCGACGUCCGCGAGGUCACGGGCCGGUCGGGCAAGCGCGCGCGCUACUUCGUCUGCGGCUUAUCGGAAGCGCCGCGGAGCCCGCCGAAGCUGACGACGCAGAACGACGUCGACGGCGACAUCGCCGACGUGUCCUGGGUCGACGUCGACGUCAACGCGGCGCUGCUGCUCCUCGAGCGCAAGCGGCGCGCGGCGCUCCGCCGCGCCGCCUUCGUGGAAAAGGUCAUGGCCGCCGCCGCCGGCGACGCCAAGAGCGCGGCGAAGAAGCAGGCGCAGCACGACGCGCUCGUGGCGACGAUCAAGGACUCCGACGAGGGCGCGGCGGCCGACGAGGUCGAGACGAAGCGCAAGGUGCUCGUCGCGCUCGGCGCGCACGCGCCGCGGCUGGCGUCGAGGCCGGAGCACCGGCCGUUGCUUCGGGCCGUCUUCCAGUCGCGGUGCGCGUCGCGGGCCACGCUCGGCGCGCUGGGCGACCUCUUCUGCGGCGUCGUGAGCAACAACGCGACGCACGUGGCCGGCGCGCUCGACGCGGUCUUCAAGUCCGCGAGCCGCGGCUUCCUCGGCUUCGACGGCGAGACCGUCGUCGCGCCGGGCUCCGUCGACGCGACGAAACUGCCCCAGUACGCGACGCUCCUGCGGCUCCUCGAGCUCUGCCCCCAGGGCGUCGCCGAGGUGCCGGCGGCGAUGGCGGCGAACUACCCCUACUGCCGCGCCGACGGCCUCAAGCACGAGGCCUACGCGAAAUUGGUCCUCGCGCUCUGCGAGGUCCACGGUGUCCUCGAGCCCGCGGGGCUGCAGCUCGUCGCGGAGCGGGCCCUGGAGAUCGACUGCCUCGUGGAGCCGGAGACGCUCGCGCCGCCGGAGGGCGAGGUCUUCGAAUUGGACGACGUCGACGCGUCCGAGCGGCACACGCCGCGGAAGGCCCGCGAGGCGGACCCGGACGGCGCGGGCGCGAAGCUCGACGACGUCAUGGACGGGCUGUUUACCUAUGCCCAGAAGCGGCUCGCGUCCGACUCGGGCGACGCCUUCUUCGACGUUUUAUUGGACGUCUUCGAGAGCGCGAUCCUCAAAACGAAGCAGUCCAAGUUCGUCCAGUUCGCCGUCUUCUCCGCCGCGGCGUCGUCGCCCGCGCGCUGCGCCAAGUUCGCGCGGCGCCUGACGCUCGUCGUCGCCGACGAGGCGACGCCCCUCGUGACGAAGGUGCCCGCGGUCGCGUACCUGGCCUCGCUCGUCUGCCGCUGCGCCGCCGUCGACGCGCCGCUCGUCGCGCUCUCGGCCGAGGCCCUCUUCUCCGCCGCCGAGGAGCGCCUCGAGAAGCUGCGGACGCGCGCGGGGCGCUCCCUCGUCGACGAGGCGGACCAGCAGGCGACGGCGACGCUGCUCUUCGCGCUCGUGCAGGCCUUGGUCUACGUCGUCUGCUUCCGCGGGUCGGACCUCUUCGGGCGGGCGGGCUGGGGCGCGCGCUACGACGCGCUCGCCGACGAAGGCCGCUGGGACCGCCUGCUCUUCGGCAACGCGCUGAAGCCCCUGGACCGCGCGGAUGCCCGGGUGCGCGACGAGUUCCGCGCGACGUUGAAGGCGACGGCGAAGUUCUCGGCGGCGUUCCGCGCCAAGGUCGCGGAAGCCGCGCGCGCGCCGCGGCGGCCCCGGUCGACGCGGCCCGGCGACGAGUCCUUCUUCUUCCCCUUCGACCCCUACGUGCUCCCCAAGUCCGCGAGGCACGUCGCGCCCGUCUACCGCGACUGGGCGCGCGACGACGACGACGACGACGACGACGACGGCGACGACUCCUCGAGCGACGGCGACUCCGACUCCGAGAGCGACGCGGGCGGCGCCGACUUCCGGAAGCGCGCGCGGUCCUUCGGCGACUCGCCCCACUCGCUCUCGCCGAGCCACAUGCCCAUGAGCCUCGACAAGGGCAGCCUCCAGAUGCCCGCGCCCAUGAGCCUCAACGGCGACGGCUUCUUCCCGCCGCCCGCGCCGCCCCGGCGGGACUCGGUAGCCGACGACGCGUGGAUGCGCUCAAUGCUCGCCCUCGCGACGCUCGGCGCCGCGGCCGCGAGCUCCUACGCCGAGGAGUCGGCGGCCUGCGCGGCGGCGGGCGGCGCGGCGCGCGUCGCCGAGGCCGACCUGCCCGACGACGGGACCUGCUUCCAGUGGGACGGCGUCGAGCUCGCGAACCGGAGCUACUGCCAGCCCUGCCUCAACGGGUCCUACUGGGACGAGUUCCGCGACGCGCGCGCGGCGUCGCGGCGCGCGGCGGCGACCGCGGCCCCCGUGGUGGUCGAGAUGCCCUACUGGCUCAGCGGCCAGUUGCAGGCGUCGGCGAUGCGGAUCCUCCUCGAGGAGGUCCUGGGCUACGCCGUGCACAUCUCCCUCGCGUCCGCGGGCAGCGGCAGCACGGCCCGCGUCGCCGCGGCCUGCGCGACGCUGGUCCCCGAGUUCUGGUACUCCGAGGGCAUCCGCAAGCCCGAGUUCGAAGAAGCAACAAAAAGCGGCGCGGUCGCGAAGAACCAGGGCGCGCUGGGGCAGACGCGCCUCUUCGUCACGGCGUCGGCCGCGGACCCGCCCUACGACAAGCUCAUCAUGGACCACUACCGCUCCAUCAAGCUGAACCCGGCCGUCGUCGCCGCGCUCCCGGCGGCCGGGAGUUGGGGCGCGCCGGACGCCGCCGCGUGCGGCGGCGCGGGCUGGACGAACGCGUCCUGCGUCAACGGCACCUACGCGCCGCCGAACUGCGACCACGGGACCUGCGCCGAGGCCUACUUCGUCCUGCCGUCCUGGUCCGAGUCGUGGUACGAGGGCUUCCUCACGGCCGAGGGCCUGAACCAGGGCAGCACAAGAGUGCGACAUUCCCAACUUCAAAGGCUCAUAUCUCGGCCGUUUUCCACUCGCCUGAACGUGACCGCGACGUACGUGGGCGUGUCGGGCAUGGCCGACGUCGUCGAGGCGGCCCACAACGCGUCGCGGCCCGUGCUCUUCUACUGGUGGGACCCGGACCCGCUCGUCGCGCGCGUGCCCGUGCUGCCCUUGGCCGCGACGCCCUUCUCGUCCGCGUGCGAGGACCGCCACGCCGGCGACCCGGCGCUCUCCGGCGCGAACUGCCUCAUGAACGUCGACAUGCUCAAGGCCGUGGCCCACGCGGCGACGCUCCAGGCCGACGCGAGCCUGGCGACCUUCUUCGCGGGCUACGGCGCGGACAACGACCGGCAAAAGGCCAUGAUGGCCCUGGAGACGCGCGGCGGCGGCGACCUGGGGGUCGAGGACGCGGCGUGCGCCUGGGUCCGGGCGAACGAGCCGGCCUGGCGCGCCUGGGUCACGGCGACGACCUGCGCGCCGGGGUCCGUCGUCGGCAACGGCACGGGCGACUGCGAGGCCUGCGCCGCGGGCAGUUACGCGGCCUUCGGGGCCGACGCCUGCGAGCCCUGCGCGCCGGGCUCCUUCGCGGCGGACGCCGGCGCCGCGGCCUGCGACCCCUGCCCCCAGGGCACGGCCGCGCCGACGACCGGGCGCGCGUCCUGCGACGGCUGCGUCGCGGGCGAGUACGCGACGUCCGCGGGCGAGACCCCGGGCAUCGGCCUCACGUCCGGCGCGACGACGUGCGCCUUGUGCCCCGCGGGGACGCGGAGCGUCGCCGGCGCGAGCUUCUGCGCGCUCUGCGACUUUUCGCUGGGCUUCACAAGCGCCGAGGGCUCGGAGGUCUGCGACUCGUGCUACCCCGAGUUCUACUGGACGGGCGCGGCCUGCGAGCCCUGCCCCGGGCGCGCGACGUGCGCCGCCGGCACGACGACGGCGACGCUCGACGUCGAGGAGGGCUGGUGGCGCCUCGACGAGACGUCGACGGACAUCUUGGAGUGCGCGCCGGACACGUGCGCCGGCGGCGUCGGCGUCACGGGCGCCGACGACUCGCCGGCGGACGCGUGCGAGCGGGGCUACCGGGGGCGGCUCUGCUCGCUCUGCGACGACGACUUCUACCUCGCCAGCAAAAAGUGCGAGUCCUGCGAGGGCCGGGGAGGUGAGAAACUCGCCAUCGCCAUGGGGCUCCUCGCCUACGGCGCCCUGAGCCUCCUCGUGCUCUACACGUCCCAGAGGCCGUCGGCGGCGGAGGAGCGGGAAUUCGAGGACGCGGAGCACGAGCGCGAGGAGCGCGCGAGCAUGGGCGCCGACGCCGCGAGCAUGGACGCCGCGGCGACCGCCGAGCUCAGCGAGGCCGUCGACGACCCGGCGGCCGACGAGGCGCGCAGGCCCGCGGAGGCGAUCCGCGUCCACGUGAUCCGCAUGUACGCGAAGCUGACGACGAAGUGGAAGCUCGCGUUCGUCGCGAUCCAGCUCAUGGUGUCGACGAUGGGCACGAUGGAGCUGCCCCCGGUCUACAACGGCUUCCUGGGGAGCCUGGGCUUCUUCGAGGUCGACUUCCUGGAGAUCGCGGGGCUCGGCUGCCACCGGCGCGUGUCGUUCUACGGGACCCUGGCGAUGUCGACCUUGGGGCCCUGGGCCUUCCUGCUGUCCGUGUUCCUGCUCUGGGCGCCGCUGUCCUACCUCUGCUGCGGGCGCCGCCACUCGCCGACGGCGGCGACGAUCCUCGUGCUCUUCUUCACGUUCCCCAUGGUGUCGGUGACGAUCUGCCGGACGUUCCUCUGCUGCGAGUUCGACGACGGCGACGCGUACCUGCGCGCGGACCUGGACCUGCGCUGCGGCGGGCGGACCUACGACUUCUGGCGCGCCUACGCGGCGUGCAUGCUCUUCGUCUGGCCCCUGGGCGCGCCGCUGUUUUUUUACCUCUCCGUGUGGUCCGUGCGGUCGCGCGUCGACCCGCUGAACUUCAAGAAGGGCGCGGAGAUCACCGCGAGCGAGCAGGUCGCCAUGGUCGACGCGGCCUGCGAGAAGCGCGACCUGGACCCGGCGUGCUUCGCGACGCGCAUGCUCUGGAUGCCCUACGAGCCCCAGUUCUGGUACUUUGAGUGCGUCGACGCGACGAAGCGGCUCCUGCUCACGUGCGCGUCGCUCUUCAUCUUCCCGGGCAGCCCGACGCAGCUGGCGUUCCUGAUUUUGGUGGUCAUGAGUUGGACGAAGCUCUACGGGUACUUCGGGCCCUUCAAGGAGGACGCGGACGACGUGCUCGCGGAGUGCCUGAACUCGAUGCUCACGAUCCUCUACCUGGGCGCGCUCGUCGCGCGGACGUCGCAGGGGCCGGGCGCCGAUGGCCUGCUCAUGACGACGAUCCUGGGCGGGCUCGUGAUUUUGGUCUACGUGACGGUGACGGACAUCCGCCGCGAGCUGUCCGCGCUCGAGCUGCUCCGCGACAUCCUCCGCGAGACGGGCAGGAACGCGCGCGCGGCGUCGUUCAAGGCCAUGGAGAGCUUCAGGUCUUUUUGA